AUCAAAAAUGAGGUUUUCAAAAUUAAUAAAAUCCGUUGAUCACUAAAAUCUACUUUAAUUCACCAAAUCUAAGUGAAUUACAGCAGAAAACUUAGAGUAUCUAUUACAUCCACAAUCUAAUGAUUAUUAAAAGCGAUUGAGCAUGAAAAAGUGAUAAAAUAAGGUCAGGAAUAGACAUUUUGAGCGAGUUAUUGGAACCCUGUAAAUUGUCUCGUUGGAGUUUUGUUGGAAUUUUUGUAAGAGCCGCAAAGUAGCAAAGUUGUUCCUCAUUCAUAUUUCUCUCGUGUUAAAACAGUGACAUAGAAAAUUAUCUAAAUACAAUUAAUCAUGAAAAGUUCAUUUCUUUUAAUCCUUUUUGUUUUACCUACACUAUUAUUAUUCAUUGAUAGCGGAAAUAAGAUUUAUGCGAGAGCUGAGGAUGAAAUUGAUGAGGAUUUAGUGGAUGUAGAAAACGAAGGAGACAACGAAGAAAAUGCAAUGACUGGCGAUGAUGUGGAACCUGACGAGGCAAGUACAACAUCUCCUGACGCAGAUACUCAACUUUUAUUCGUUCGUCCACUCUACAAUGCAGGCACUCAACUCGAAUUACCUGGCGGAGUUCCAGUUGAAUUUUUAAUUGGAUUCAAGAACAAGGGCUUGAAUGAUUUCAUCAUCGAAAGUGUCGAGGCUUCAUUCAGAUAUCCAAUGGAUUUUAACUACUAUAUUCAAAAUUUCUCAGCUAUCGCUUAUAACCGUGAAGUUAAGCAAGAAAGUGAAGCAACAGUCUCAUACUCAUUCAUGCCAUCCGAAUCAUUUGCUGGACGUCCUUUUGGUCUCAAUAUUGCCAUCAAUUAUCGUGACUCAAAUGGAGUUCCUUUCGUUGAAGCUGUUUUUAAUGAAACUGUACUUAUCACUGAAUUAGAUGAAGGUCUUGAUGGAGAAACUUUCUUCCUUUAUGUUUUCUUUGCUGCUAUUAUUGUCUUAUUGCUUGUCGUUGGACAACAAUUCCUUGGAACAAUCGGAAAGAAGAAGCGCUCACAAACCAUCCGCAAACAAGUUGAAACAGGAACAUCAAAUAGCACAGACAUUGAUUAUGACUGGUUACCUGCACAAACACUCCGUAAUUUACAAAGCUCGCCAAACGGUAAAGGAAAACUUUCACCAAAACAAAGUCCUAGACAACGUUCAAAACGUGCAGCAAAAGAGGAGUAAAAGACGUAAAAUUGUUGAUGAGAUUCAUUAGAGAGGACGUGCUUCUCUGUGUCACUUACUAAAUAAAAAUACACGAUCAACUUGCUACAUGUUCAUUAUUUGAUUCCAUUUUGCAAGAUUUAAUCUAAUAAAUUUAGAAUUUCAAAAUAUUCUUUAAGAACUGAAAAAGAUACCUAAAUGAUAAAAAUAAACUGAAAGAAAAUUUUGAUGAAAAGGUUGUGGAAUUUG